AUGGCCACGUCCACCGUCCGCCAGCGCCGGCCCUCCAUCACCGCCUCCGCCAUCCACGCCGCCCACGCCAUCGAGCAGCGCGUCGAGCACACGCUCCUCCAUCUCUGGGACGACCUGCCCGCUUGGCGGCGCGACAAUGCCUUUAUCCGUAGCGGCUACCGUCCGAUCCGGGCGUCGUAUGCGCACGCCGCCCGCUCCCUGCUCUACCUGCACAACGAGUCGGUCAACAUCUGGACGCACCUCCUCGGCGCACUCGCCGCUAUCGCCAGCGCCUGCUACGUCUACCUCACCGUGCACCCUCGGUAUGAGUCGGCGCGCGCGGCCGAUGUCGCCGUCUUUGCCUGCUUCUUUGGCGGCGCUGUCGUUUGCCUAGGCAUGAGCGCCACCUUUCACGCUGUGCUCGACCACUCGCAGGCCGUCGCCAAAUGGGGCAACAAGCUCGACUACACAGGCAUCGUCGCCCUCAUUGUCGGGAGCUAUGUGCCCGCGCUCUACUACGGCUUCUUCUGCCAGCCUGUGCUGUUCCAGGCCUAUCUCUACGUGAUGUGCGCUCUGGGGGCUGCCUGCGCAACCGUAUCCUGGGUUGAGCGCUUCCGCACGUCGGCCUGGCGUCCCUACCGCGCCACCAUGUUUAUCAGCCUCGGCGUCUCGGGCGUCGUGCCCAUUGUCCAUGGCGUUCGCAGCCACGGCUACCAGUACUUUGAGGAUCGCAUGGGUCUGAGCUGGGUCAUUAUCCAAGGUGUCCUGUACAUAUUUGGUGCUGUUCUCUACGCUGCACGCUGGCCGGAGAGGAGCUUCCCGGGCAAAUUUGACAUUUGGGGCAGCUCGCAUCAGAUAUUUCAUGUCUGUGUGCUUCUCGCUGCAGCUACACACUUUUAUGGCAUGGCCAAGGCCUUUGACUACCACCACACUGGCAACGGCUCACAAUGUCCAUAG